GGGCAUCUUCAUCUCGUCUUGCUGUAGUAAAACAAGCCACCUAAGAUUUGUAAACCGGUAUAUCGGUUCGUAAUGUCGAUCCGCCAGGCUAUCCAUGCCGGCCUCACAGUCAAGGUGCCAUUCCGCUGUGUCGUCCUUGUUUUUCUGGCCGUUCGGCUAGUAUGGUCCAGCCAGACUGGCGGUAUUGUCUGUGCCAAAAGCCCUUGUCUCCUGGCUAAUAUUAACGUCAACUACCGUGGCUUCCGGCACUAAAACCACCAGAUCCCUGAUGUUAAUUGCUCUCAAGUUUUUGGUGGGAAAUUGGCCUCUUCGUGUUUUGUUGUUGCUGGUCGAGAGUUUGUUUGUUUAAGUCUGUCCUUCACCGCAUCAAAUAGAUCUUGGUUCUGGGACAUGUUGGCUGGAUGAAGCUGAGACAUGGCCUCCAGAUUGAUUAAUUGGUCAAGGGGCCGGGCCGCCAGAAGCAGGGAGAAUCGCCCUUCAGAUUUGUAUAGAUGGGACUGUCUUACUCGAUGCAACUUUCUUUGGUUGGUUAUGAGACAAUUUCAAGCCUAGUCGAGCCCACUACUGCAGG